UACUUAUUAAAAUUUUCUAAGAACAACAACUAGCGCUAGCCACGAUGACUAAAUCAGUUUAUUUUUGUUUGCUAUUGAUUAGUUUGUGCAUUUUUGAAUCAGAUGCUGCAGCUUGGUUCAAUAGGAAUACGAAAAUUGUUACAAAAUGCGAAGGAAGUAAUUGCCAAAAAUACUGUGACAUUGACAAUCGACUCAUCCUUGUCGGAACAACUUUAAAGACUGAUCAGUGUGAACAAAUCACUUGUGAUGCUGAUUUUUCAAGCUCAUACUACUCAUGUGGUAUUGCAGUUGAUAAAAAUGGAUGCACAUUGACACCAGAUUAUUCUUUCAAGUAUCCAGAGUGUUGUAACAAAAUGAAAUGUGUAACGUAAAGGAAAUAAAAUUGAAAAUAAUUCUAU